CAGUGUGCCCCGCGCGCCAGGCGGCACAUCCGCGUGCCGAGCCAUCGAUCGGAAGUGCGCGGCCUCCUGCUUGCUGGCCGAGUCAGCUCCAGUGGCGCCUGAGGAGCGCGGCGCAGCAGCCCCUCCAAGCCGUGGCCCGUGCCCGGGGUCCCGCAGCGGGCCUCCGCCGCCGCCAUGAGGCUGCGGGUGCGGCUUCAGAAGCUGACCCGGCGGCUGGAGACGUACGCGGCGGAGCCGACGCUGGGGCAGCUGCGCGCGCAGCUGAGCGAGGCGCUGCCGGGCUGGGGCUUCAGUUCUGAUAUCCGCUAUGCAAUUACCCUGAACAACAAGGAUGCCCUCACUGGAGACGAAGAGACUUUGGCGUCAUAUGGGAUUGUUUCUGGGGACUUGAUAUGUUUGGUUCUUGAAGAUGCCAUGCCAGCACCUAACUUGCCUCCAUCCACAGAUUCAGAGCAUUUCUCCGUCCCGAAUAAUGACCAACCCUCUCUGGCUGCCACCUCCAGCCAGGCCAGCAUCCCAGAUGAACGACAGAGUGAUUCAUUCCAAGGACAGGCAGCCCAGUCUGGUGUUGGGCAUGAUGACAGCAUGUCAGGGCCGAGUCAGAGCGUCUCACCCAAGGCAGAGGAAGACGCCAUGGAUAUGGAGGAGGGCCCCGGUGUCUGUCCCUCAGAACCAAUGCUGUGCAGCGAGGCGGCAGAAGGGCAGGUGCCGCACUCGCUGGAGACCCUGUAUCAGUCAGCCAGCUGCUCGAGUGCCAGCGAUGCCCUGACAGUGCUGAUCCACCUCCUGAUGGUGGAGUCGGGUUAUCUCCCUCAGGGGACUGAAGCCAAAGCAGUGUCCAUGCCGGAGAAGUGGAAGGCGAGUGGGGUGUACAGGCUGCAGUACACACACCCGCUGUGUGAGGGCAGCUCCGCCGCGCUCGCCUGCGUGCCUCUGGGGAGCCUGCUCAUCGUCAAUGCUACCCUAAAAAUCAGCAGUGCGAUUAAAAGUGUGAAAAGACUACAGCUGCUGCCGUCAUCCUUUAUUUGCACAGAGGAACCAGGGGAAAAUGCAGCCGAGGUAUACAAAGGUCUUCAGAAGCUCUCCCGGCUCUUCAAGGAUCAGCUGGUGUACCCGCUCCUGGCUUCCACUCGGCAAGCCCUGAACCUCCCCGAUGUGUUCGGCCUGGCUGUCCUCCCCUUGGAGCUGAAGCUGCGGAUCUUCCGGCUCUUGGAUGUGCGCUCCGUCCUGUCUCUGUCUGCAGUGUGUCGUGACCUCCUCAGUGCAUCGAACGACCCACUGCUGUGGCGGUGUUUGUAUCUGCGGGAUUUUCGAGAUGGUUCUGUCCGAGUUCGAGACACAGAUUGGAAAGAGCUGUACAAGAAGAGGCAUAGACACAGGAAGGAGGCCCAGAGGGCGCGGCACGCGAAGUUCCUGCCGCCGCCCCCCCAUCCCAUUCCGUUCUAUCCCAGCCCCUUGCACCCCAGCCCCUUCGCCCCCAGUUCACUCCUCCCUCCGGGUAUCAUCGGCGGCGAAUACGACGAGCGGCCAGCGCUUCCCUACGUCGGGGACCCGAUCAAUUCCCUCAUCCCGGGGCCCGGGGAGACGCCCGGCCAGUUCCCCCCACUCAGACCUCGUUUCGACCCGAUCGGCCCCUUCCCGGGACCCAGCCCCGUGCUGCCCGGGCGAGGCGGCACGGGGGACAGGUUCCCCUUCAGACCGGGCCGGGGCCGGGCCUCCGACAGCCGGAUGUCCUUCAUGUGAUUGGGGUGCGGCCUUGCUCGCCUUGGAGGGGCCCAGCAGCGCUGUUUCCUGUUUGCUGAUGGCGGAGAGCUGCCGCCCCCGCCCCCGCCCCCGCC